UCACAUUGUUCUCUUUCUCCAGAACCCACCCAGAUCUAUCGGUUUCUGAGGACCAGGAAUCUGAUCGCACCUAUCUUCUUGCAUCGGACACUCACUUACAUGUCUCACCGUAACUCACGAUCAAACGCCAGAAGGAAGACUUUUAAGGUGAAUGACCUGCUGUCAAAGGUGGAGAAGAUGAGGGGCGAGCAUGAGACGGACAGUCUAUCGGCCCAUCUGCAGCUCACGUUUACUGGCUUCUUCCAUAAAAGUGAUAAGCCCGCUCCAAACUCUGAGAAUGAUCAAAACUCUGUAACCCUGGAGGUUCUGCUUGUAAAGGUGUGCCACAAGAAACGCAAGGUAAGCACCCUGACCUAGAGAGAUGUAUAUAUGUGACUGCUCCGGACCUAGAG